UGAUAUGCGUUCCUCCUUAUUUCUUAUUGUUUAUUUCUUUCAUUUUUUUUUUGGGGGUGGGGGGUGAGGGUGUUCUGUUCCAUCUAUAUACGCAGGCAGUUUACAAAUACUUUCUUGAGGAUGGUUCCUUAACCUUGCAGCAUUUCAUUAUGUUCUUUAGAGCCUUUGAACUUGUUCUCUCUCAGCUUCCUGAUAUCCACUCAUUGAGAUGGGUAAAUGCAUUGUGCAAUUUCAGCAUGAUUGGAUUUGCAGCUACAACCAUUGGUGUGACAAUUUAUGAUGGUAAGAAGACUGACAGAAACUCAAUAAGUUACAGUUUGCAAGGAAGCUCCUCUCGUAAGACCUUUAGAGCCUUUAAUGCUCUUGGGAUAAAUGCGUUUUCUUUUGGAGAUGCAAUGCUUCCUGAAAUACAGAAUACCAUGAGAGAACCUGCAAGGAAGAAUAUGUAUAAGGGUGUAUCAGCAGCAUACAGUGUCAUUAUCCUGAGUUACUGGCAACUGGCCUCCUGUGGAUACUGGGCUUUUGGAUCAGAAGUUCAGCCUUACAUAUUAUCUUCUCUAAGCGUUCCUGAAUGGACAAUUGUUAUGGCAAAUCUCUUUGCUGUGAUACAAAUAUCUGGAUGCUAUCAGAUAUAUUGCAGGCCAACGUAUGCCUACUUUGAGGAAAAAAAAUGCUGUCCAGCAAAGCUACUGGCCAUUUCCCCCCUGAGAAAAUACCUUGUCCGACUUAUUUUCACUUCCAUUUACAUGGCUCUUAUUACCCUUAUUGCUGCGGCUGUGCCCUUUUUUGGGGACUUUGUGUCCAUCUGUGGCGCAAUUGGGUUCACUCCACCGGAUUUUGUCUUCCCUUCUGUGGUAUAUUUGAAAGUGGGAUGAAUGCCCAAGGAUGCCAAAUGUCGCCUUUCAAUGCAGCUCCUUAAUUUUGCAAUAGCUACCUGGUUCUCUGUCAUUGCAGUGUUUGGUUGCAUUGGUGCAGUCCAGUUUAUCAUAGAAGAUAUCAAAACCUACAAGUUCUUUCAUGAUAUGUAAGCAUUUACAUUGUUAUAAUUUAUAAUUGCUUUGUAAUCAUUGUAUUCUCUUACAUUGUUGUAUCUCUAGAUGUUUUAUGUUUCAAUGAGUUAUGUAAGUCAAAAUAAAUAUCAUAAUUUCAAGAA